CCGGCCACCUGGUCAUGGCGUCUUAAUGAAUCAUUGCUUCAAGACCCUGCGGCAAAAGAAGAGAUUUCCCAAGCGCUGACUUCAUACUUCACGGAGAACGAGACGGAAGGGAUGUCGUCUGUGUCGGUGUGGGAAGCACACAAGAGUGUCAUACGUGGCAUACUUAUAGGUCUCGCAACUCGCAAGAGAAAGGAGGCGACCAGUGCAAUGGCAGACGUAUACGACACCAUUAAACGCUUGGAACUCCAACAUAAACGGUCUCAGCUCACCGAGAAGUAUGGUGAAUUAAUGGAGGCUAGGUGCACCCUGAACACUCUCCUCACGAAGCGAUAUCAACGCUCGCUCCAACGCUCGAAGAACUUUUUCUACGCACAUGCGAAUAAGGGCGGGAAAUUCCUCGCCCACUUACUGAAAGGCGACACACCACGAACUCAAGUACGAAAGUUGCGCUUAACCUCGGGCAGAGUGUCCCCAUACCCAGAAGACAUAGCGGACGAAUUCAGGGCAUACUAUGAAUCCCUCUAUAACCUCCGUCCACCAGGGCAUCAGGCACCAGGCGGGGAGGCACCGCCUCAUGUACAAACAUACAUCCAGGACACCGUGCGG